AGUUGCGAUAUUUUCUGGGUCACUGUGCAGCCGGGAUGCGCCUAGACUAGUCCGGACCGACGACGCCCCCCCCAACCUGCGCUUGGGACGAGCACGCUCGGCGCGCAAACAUGAUACCACAUGCCUCUGCUGUGGCUUUGUUCGUCUGCCUCUUGGUCGCCGUCGGGGCAGAGCCACAGCAUAAUGACGGCGAAGCAAGAAGAGAAGAGGACGUGACGGUACGGCUGGCGCGCUUCGUCGAAAGCCUAUACGAAGACCUAGAGGAAGCAGCCCAAACAAAUGUCGCCAGGCCUUUCCCAUCACACGAGGCUUUUCACGAGUUUCAUUCUCAGCCAGUUCGACCAUUCCAGCAGGGAAGGCCACCGGGGGGCGGCGGGGCCGUGUCACCUCCGCCGUCGAGGCCCACACCAGGACCACCCGGUCAGCCUGUGGCUCCUCCUGGACCAACCAGCCCUCCGCGGAGACCACCGGGAACUGCUUUGUUCGGGGAACCGUUCGAGCCACCUAAGGGGCCGCAGAAGCCUCCUUCGCCAUCCCGAGGAACAGGCGGGUAUGGAAGGCCUGAGGGACCGCUUCUACCGCCUAGUAACGUACUCGAGCCAGAAAUUGUUGGUCCCGUUCUAGAGUAUGAACCACCUGACCUACCUCAAAGGCCACCAGUAUUCAGCGGCUAUCCUAUCAACACUAUUGACUUGCCACCAGCUCCUCCACGGCAGCCACCAAGACCAAGGCCUCCACCACAGCCAGUAGCUCCCCCACCGCCAAAAUUUGUUGGUGUUCUCAUUCCCGCGGAUAAGACACCCCAGUUGCCACGACCACCUUUUCCCCCACCAGGACCACCCGCGCCCAGGCCACCUAUUUCAAGGCCUCCAGCUCCAAGGCCACCGGCUCCAAGACCACCAGCUCCCAGGCCACCAGCUCCCAGCAUUAGCCGUGUUCCUCCAGCGCCCCCUCCACCGUUUGCUAGGCCACCGUCAGGCGCGGGUGGUAUUUCAUUCGAUGUGCAAACCGGAGUCGCGAAGCCUCGUCCGGGGCCACCACCUGUAACUCCUGGCCCUCCAGGGGAAGGUUUUGGAUAUGGGCCACCAAGGCGUCCUCCUCCAUCUCCUCCAGGUCCAGGAGCUGGCAUCGGACCCUUGCCCCAGCCGCCAAGGUUCCCGGCAGGCCCUCCACCCGGCCCUGCACCUCCAAGGCCUCCAUCCUUGCCCCGCCCUCAGGGCCCGUCCCCAUACCCUUUUCCCAGACCUCCUGGUCCUGCGCCCUCUCCUCCUCGCGGAGUUGCUCUAUUUCCAGAAGGAAGACCCCAGCCUUCACCUCCUCAGCCUCCUAGGCCGGGGGCGCCGCGGCCACCAGCGCCUCCUCGAUUACCGGCGCCAUCACCACCACCAGGCUUCUUUCAGCCAGGCGUAGGUCCCGCCGCGCCGGGGCCUCUCAGGCCAACGACACCUGGUAUUCCUGCUCCUCCUGGAACAGCCAGACCUCCAUCUCCCCCACGCGGACCAGUCACUGGUGGACGAAAGCCUUCUGACAUACCACAUCAUAAGUUCCACGAAUUCCUUGUCACAGGACCCAAAGCGCCAAGACCAGGAGGUGCGCUAUUCCCUGGGGCUGGGGUGCCAGGACAAAGGCCGCCAGGACCACAGCCAAGACCACCUUCACCAACACCGGGAGGACCGUUCAUCCCCCCGUCACCACCAACCUUUCCCAUACCAGCUCCACCAAGACCGGGCGCUCCUCCAGCAGGGCCUCCUCCACCAAGACCUCCUCCUCCAGGGCCUGGUCGUCCACUGAGGCCACCAUCUCCACCAGGCUUCCCCACACCAGCUCCUCCAAGACCAGGUGCUCCUCCACCAGGGCCUGGUCGCCCAUCACGGCCACCGCCUCCUCCUAGCUACCCCAUACCAGCGCCACCAAGACCGGGCGGUCCUCCAGCGGGACCGCCGCCACCAGGACCGCCUCCUCUGGGUCCUCCUCCUCCAGGACCCGGCCGUCCUCUGAGGCCGCCGUCCCCACCCGGAUACCCCUCGCCCACACCACCAAGACCAGGCGGUCCACCAUCGGGACCUGGCCGCCCACCACGGCCACCUCCUAGCUAUCCGAUACCAGCACCCCCAAGACCAGGUGGUCCUCCUUUCGGGCCACCACCACCAAGUCCCCCGCCACCAGGGCCCGGUCGUCCCCUGAGGCCUCCAUCACCACCAAGUUUCCCAAUACCAGCUCCACCCAGACCAGGAGCUCCACCGCCAGGGCCUGGCCGCCCACCAAGGCCACCGGCACCACCGGGAUUUCCUUCACCACCGCCGAGGGGACCCCCGCCACCACCUCGACAACCUCCUCCUGGUGGGCCGCCACCCUCCCCUCCUGAAUUUCCGGAAACCCCCGGUUACCCCUCAAGACCAGCGAGACCGCGUCCUAGGCCACCGCCGGGAGUCGCACUUUAUCCAGAGGGAAGGCUGCCUGACAGGCCGCCACCAGGUCCCGGAAGGUUUCCUUCUCCACCACCACCUGGUAGGAGGCCAUCGCCAGCGGGACCAGGAACAUUUCCCACACCACCUCGCGUGCCAGCGCUACCACCACCACCACCGCCCGGUGUAUCUCCUAUUCCUGGAGGCGUGCCGAGGCCUACACCAAGGCCAGGGCCAUCACCAGCUCCCCCAAGGCCUCCUUCCUUCCCACAACCAGGCCCAGGACCAUUUCCAGCUAUUCCAAGUGGCCCUCCAAGACCACCUACAAGGCCCGCAGUACCACCAACGCAACCCCCUCGGCCACCACGACCCCCGACAUUCCAACCGGGCCCGUUUCCAGGACCACCAGGAGACGAGGAUCAGUUUCCAGAAACUCCUGGAUAUCCCUCAAAACCAUCCAGGAAACGACCACCUCCUCCACCGUCAAGGGGGACAGCCAUAUUUGGCGAGCCUGGUGUACCAACUCCCCCACGGAGACCACCACCUCCGCCUUCUCCGAGGCCACCCUCACCUCCACUGGGACCAAUAACACCAAGACCAACGCCUCUAGGUCCAGCGCUACCACAGCCAACGCCACGACCAGCGCCAGGACCUUUCCCACCGCGACCACAACCACCGCCAGGCGCACCUGGUAUUCCUGGAAUUCCUCCCCAGAUACCGAGGCCGCCUUCACCGCCGCAGGUACCUAGACCACCAGUGUCACGCCCACCAGGACCUGGACAGCCUGGUGGAAGGCCAAAGCCAUCUGUUCAUGACAUUCCACAUCACAAAUUUCAUGAAUUUUUGGCUCAGCCUGUGAAACCUGGUACAGGAGCAGGACAGGUUCCUGGUAUUGGUGGUUACCCUUCACGACCACCGAGGCCUCGACCCCCACCUCCAUCGGCAGGAGCCGCUGUGUUUCCACAAGGGCCGCCACCUAGACCUUUGCCUUCACCACCACCCUCGCCACCGUUUCGGCCUCCAGGCCCUCCGCCGCCACAAGCUCCAUCGCCUCCGAGGUUUCCAGGACCCCCUCCUCCGCGACCAUCACCUCCCCCACAAAGACCUUCACAGCCACAGUUCCCUCCUGGUCCACAAGGCCGACCUCCUGGACCUGGAGCACCAUUCCCACCUUCGAGGCCACCAACACCACUACCGCCGCCUCCCCAAAGACCGCAACCUGCGUUUCCUGCACCGCCAGCCCCACAAAGACCACCACCUGGAGUAGCCCUGUUUCCUGAAGCACCGUCAUACGGUGGUAGACCUGCAAGGCCAAGACCUAGGCCAUCGCCCCCCGCAGGUGGACCAGCACCAAGACCUCCAGCACCACCACGGCCUCCUCCACCGGUUUCUCCAGCACCGCCACCAGUUCCAAGGCCACAGAUACCUGGACCACAACAACCACCAAGAUUCCCUCCUGGCCAGCAGCCGCAACCUUUUCCAAGCCCAAGGCCUCCUCCUCCAUCAAGACCUCUGGUACCACCACCGCCGCCUCCUGCACCGCGACCCCCUCCGCAACCUCGACCCACUCCUGGUCCACGACCUGGCCCCGCUCCACCAGGACCGAGACCGUAUCCUGGUCCUCCUCCUAUACGACCAACCCCUACACCACAACCACCCAGGCCUUAUCCUGGUCCUUCUCCUGUGCAACCGUUUCCAGGACCACCGCCCCCAGUAGGACCAACUCCAGGACCACCCUUCGCGCCAAGGCCACCGCCAGGUCCAAGGCCUAUUCCGGCACCAACUCCUCUGCCAUCACCAAGGCCACCUCCCACUCCGACUUUCCCAAGGCCUCAAGUUCCGACUGGACCCGGACGAGUUCCUCCACCGGUGGCACCACCACCUCCUGGGCCGGGUACCGGAGACUUCCCUGAAGCGCCUGGUUAUGGAGCAAGACGCCCACGUCCAAGGCCACCUCCAGGGAGAGUUUUGUAUCCUGAAGGUGUAACUCCCUCUCGACCACCUCCAGGUCCAGGUCGCCGCCCAGCACCUCCAUCACUUGGCCCACAGCCUCGACCACCAGGGCCCACGGGUCCAACACCGUAUCCGAUACCAGGGCCUCCUCCAAGACCACCAGCACCUCCUGCUCCUCCACGACCUCCAGCUCCUCCACCACCUCCGAGACCCGGUACGCCAGCUCCACCAGCUUUCCCACCACCAACUCCAGGGCAAUUCCCGCAACCCAGACCACCCUCACCACCAGGUCCAUCGCGUCCAGCUCAACCAGGGAGACCAGCAGGGCAGAGGCCUUCUGUAUCUGAUAUACCCCAUUCAAAAUUUCAUGAAUUUCACCAGCAACCUGUGAGACCACAAGUAGGAGGCAGGCCCCGCCCAACUCCAGGUGUUGCUUUAUAUCCUGAACCUGGUCCAGCAAGGCCAACAGGACCACCGCGAAUCCCAUCGCCACCAACGCCUGCACAACCCUUCCCAUCUCCAAGACCUCCAGGACCAUCACCACAACCAAGACCUACACCCAGACCACCAGCAUAUGUACCUCCAGCUCAACCACGUCCUCCGCAGUUCCCACGACCUCCUGGCCCUGUUCCCACACCCCCUGGUCCAGUACCGAGACCACCACCACUACCACGCCCAUCUCCACCAACGAGGCCUCCUUCACCCAGGCCACCAGCCUAUUUACCACCUCAACAACCUCCAUCACCAGUGUCCCCUGCACCACGGCCACCUCCACCGCCUCGACCAGUACCAUCACCGAGACCUCCAUCACCGCUACCUCCUGCACCACGGCCACCUCCACCUCCUCGACCAGUGCCAGCACCGAGACCCCCAUCACCUGUGCCCCCUACACCACGUCCACCUCAGCCACCUCGACCAACGCCAGCACCAAGACCUCCAUCACCUUUUCCCCCUGCACCACGGCCACCUCCACCACCACGACCAGUGCCAACACCUAGGCCACCAGCUUAUGUACCACCUGGACCAACCAGCCCAAGGCCACAGCCGCCAUCUCCAAGGCCACCUCCCGGACCUCCUCGAUUUCCAGGUCCUCCUCCUGCGCCAUCACCUCCAAGGCCUCAAGUUCCCUCAGUUCCACCAUCUCCAGGAUUUGUUACACCGCCCCCAUACAGGCCAUCCCGUCCAGUGUCACCGCAAAUACCACAAGGUCCCGGAGGCACAGGUGUCACACCGAGUUUUCCUGCACCACCACCUGCCAUACCGCGACCCAGUCCAAGACCUCCGCAACCAUCACCGCCACCUCGACCGCCAGUAACGCCGAGCAUUCCAGGUCCAUCACCUCCGGCUCCACCAUCGGGAUUCCCCGACAGUCCAGGAUAUGGUAGCAAGCGCCCUACGAGACCCAGGCCACCAGCAACAGGAGGAAGGCCACUACCACCUGGACCACUUCCUCCUGUUCCACCUCCCCUUCCGAAUGUCCCUGAACCAACAAGGCCAGAAAUACCACAACCUGUACCCCAACCAUUCCCUGAAGCACCAGGAUAUGGACAGGGCAGACCAAGGCCGCCGCCCAGGCCUCAACCUCGACCUCAAGUUCCUGGUCCGGCACCACCUGUUAGACCACAGGGACCAACAGAAGUCAGGCCACAAGUACCACCAAGGAGGCCAACUGGGACAGCCUUAUUCGGUGAACCUGGAGAGCCAUCACCUAGGCCACCAAGACCGAGACCAGGGCCCGGUCCUGGUCCACAGCCCCCUGCACCAGAACCUUUCCCAGACCAGCCAGGCUAUGGUUCGAAACGCCCUAGGCCUGGAACUACGCCGUCUGGUCCAGGCCAACGACCUGGAGGAGGUGUUCUUUUUCCUGACACCCAGACUACUGCGAGGCCUUCGGUCCCUGGAGGCCGGCCUGGCGACACAGGAGAGGGAAAGCAACCUAUACGCUUCCCUUCUCAUAAAGCGUUUCACGAAUUCCACAACGCCCCCAUCAGAAUUCGAAAUAACAUAGGCUGAGAUGACACAGAGUUCAACACUCCUUGUCGGCACUGGUCCUGACUGCACUAUGUAUGCAUAGUGCCUCCACGAUUUUUGGAGAACGGAUUUACAGGCAAAGAAAAUUAGAGCUACCAACGGUUGCUGUACGUAGCUCUGCAUUAUAAAACAAGAGCAUGAUGGAAAAUCACAUCUAUCACUUAUGGAAAGAAUGCCGCGCCAUCGGCGAGACCAAAUGAAACAUGUAAGAGCACUGAAGGAAAUAGCCUGUAUCAUUCCUGCUGCUGGAGGAGCCUGAUGUUUACAUGCCAUUGUAUAUUUUUGUUAAUAACUCUGUCAUUGUUUGUGAGUGAGACAUAUUUGCGGUUGUAUUUUUUUUCCUUGUUGCUAUAUUUAAGUUUCUUUAAUAAAGCCAUACAACAGCAGGCGGUUUCUGUUCUGCAUUUAUUGUAAAGAAAUGGACACGAUGGCAACGUUUUUAUGUUGCUAAGUCUAGUUAUUCUGAACAAUAGCUCCCAAAUUACGCUUCAGUAAUAUCACUCACAUG